AUGAGUGCUGCCGAUAUUGAAGUUUCCGACAAAACCGAAGAUAAACAAGAACUUUAUAUUGUGGAAAGUGGUGAUUCACUAACAAGUGUUGCUGCGAAAUUUGAUCUGACACCUUCACGUCUAUGCCAGAUAAAUAAACUUUGCAGUAAUCAUCUUUUCGCUGGACAACGCUUAAAAGUUGUCAAAGAGGAACCUGAACAUCCUAAGUCAAAAGAUGACUGUCGAGAAGAAGCUCUUGAAUCGAAAACUAUGCCUGAUUCUGGAACAAAUGUUCCUUCAAUUGAGAAGCGGUAUAGAACAAUUUUUAAACGAAUUAUUGGGGCGGAAACAUUGGAAAAGUCGUUCCCAGCCAAAGUCUUGCAAGCAGAUAAAAGGGAAACCAAUGACCCAUUAGCUGCAGGUUGUCUAAAGGUGGAUGCCAGAUUUUGUCCUGAUUUAAAUACAUGCAUAAAGGGUACACUGAUUGCUACAAUUGAAACUUUAAUGUUUGCACCGCUGGAUGAGAGCGAUCAAAUUGAAGCACUCUGCCAAUCAGCGGUCGAGAUGCGUUACGAUAGUGUCCGCUCUAUUGCCGCCUAUACUGACGCCUCCGUUUUCGUUUUUACUAAACGACCCAGGUUUCAAAAACAAAGCACAUUUUUUUCGAAUGCAGAUGAUCCAAGUAAUAACAUUGGAUCCGCACAUGCGCCCUCCGGAGACGUCACCCAAUACGAAGGUACGAACCACUGA